UCCAGUUUGGUGCAGUGUUAAAAGCGGGAAUGUAACGACAAACGGAAUCGAUCUAAGACAGCGUAUAUAAUACCACGAGGUGGAAUAAAUAAACACUUGAGCUAAGGACGAAGCGAACAAGAAGUGAGAAAUGCGGAAGCAUGUGAUUUGAGUUGAGACGACGAGUGUGUGCGAUUGAUGAGAAAAAUGAAGGCGUGGAGGAGGCUGUUCUAUGUUGCGGUGUUUGAGGCGGCGUUGAUCGGAAUGGGAAGCGGCCAUGACUAUUGCGAAGCAUUGUCGAAGGCCAUUAUGUUCUUCGAGGGACAGCGAUCGGGAUUCCUGCCGCAGGAUCAGAGACUGAGCUGGCGACAGAACUCCGGUCUCAGUGACGGCUGGAACUACAACACGGAUCUCACCGGCGGUUACUACGACGCCGGCGACAACGUGAAAUUCGGGUUUCCGAUGGCCUUCACCACCACAAUGCUGGCCUGGAGCGUGCUGGAAUUCGGAGACGUCAUGCCUCCCAAUGAGCUCAGGAACGCCCUCGUCGCAGUUCGUUGGGCCACUGAUUAUCUUCUCAAGACUCUUUCUCAGCCCGAUCGGAUUUUCGUUCAGGUGGGUGAUCCAAACUCAGAUCACGAUUGUUGGGAGAGGCCAGAGGACAUGGAUACAGCGAGGACUACGUAUGCUAUUGACGCACCAAACGCCGCUUCCGAUGUCGCCGGCGAAACCGCCGCCGCGCUAGCAGCGUCUUCCAUGGCGUUCCGGUCAUCAGACCCCGGUUACUCAGAGACAUUGCUUCGAAAUGCUAUUACUGCCUUUGAAUUUGCAGAUAACUACAGGGGUGCUUACAGUGACCAUGAAAAUGUCAAGUAUAAUGCCUGCCCGUAUUACUGUGAUUUUAAUGGCUAUCAGGAUGAGCUGUUAUGGGGAGCUGCAUGGCUAAGGAGGGCUACUGAGGACGAUAAUUUCCUGAACUACAUUCAAAGCAAUGGCAAAACUCUUGGUGCAGAUGACACCAUCAAUGAGUUUGGUUGGGACAACAAGCAUGCUGGCCUCAACGUCCUUCUUUCCAAGGAAGUUAUAGAAGGAAAAACGUACUCUCUCGAGUCCUACAAAUCUUCAGCAGAGAGCUUCAUUUGCACAGUGAUACCUGAAUCACCAAGCUCGACCAUGGAGUACACACCUGGUGGACUUGUGUACAGACCAGGAGGCAGCAACUUGCAACAUGCAACUUCAAUUGCUUUCCUUGAACUGGUAUAUGCCAAUUACCUAACACACACUUCAGAAGCCAUCCCUUGUGGCAAUGUCUAUAUCAGUGCACAAACUCUUCGCCAACAUGCUAAGAGACAAGUUGAUUACAUUUUGGGUGAUAACCCAAUGGGACUAUCCUACAUGGUUGGCUAUAGCAACUACUAUCCUCAACGUAUUCAUCAUCGUGCCUCUUCUUUGCCUUCCAUCAAGGAUCAUCCCCAGUUCAUUGCAUGCAAAGAAGGUUCAAUCUACUACAACUCAACAAAUCCCAAUCCUAAUGUACUUGUUGGUGCCAUUGUUGGAGGACCUGACGAAAAUGAUGAUUAUCUCGAUGAUCGAUCUGAUUUUAGGCAAUCUGAACCGACCACGUACAUUAAUGCACCUUUUAUUGGAGUGUUAGCAUACUUUGCUGCAAAUCCCAACUUUAGUUGAUGUAAUGAUGAUCAUCGUAUAUAGGAUUUUUUUUUUUUUUUUUUUCUGAAUGAAAAGAUGCACCCUGAAGAUGUUUCUCAUCUUGAGAAAAUAAUCAAUCAAGAGGGUUUAGGAAUAUUACUAAAUUUGAGCUCACAAAAGCUGCUUCUGACUUUUAUAUAGAAAGAAGGGGUGAUUACUUCUAAGUGUUCUAUUCGAGAUCGUUGACAUGUAAGGGUUAGUUUGUUAACUAUCUGAAAGUUAUCAGUGAGUAGUA